AAUACGAGUAUGAGUUGCAGCUCAACAUAGAGCUGACCAUGGAGACCAUUCAACGAUUCACUCACCGUCUCCUUCCCAUACCUAUCUCCAGAAGAUGCUCCAGAACCCUCACAAAGAAUGCGGUUCGGGCCGGCCCAGAUACAGCUAUUGUUCGGCUGCUCAGGCCAGAAAUCGUGUCCGGUGCUGGCUUGAAAGCUCGGAGAAGUUACAGCUUUUCUUCUUCGGCUCCUCGGGCCGGUUGGUUCCCGGGUUUGGGAGAGAAGAAGCAGGUUUUGCCGGAGAUUGUUGAAGCGGGCGACCCGGUUCUUCACGAACCGGCCCGGGAGGUCCCACCCGAAGAUAUCGGAUCGGAUAGAAUCCAGAAGAUCAUAGACGAUAUGGUUCUGGUCAUGAGGAAUGCUCCUGGCGUUGGCCUUGCUGCUCCUCAGAUUGGUAUCCCCUUGAAGAUAAUUGUUCUGGAAGACACAAAAAAAUAUAUUAGUUAUGCACCAAAGGAAGAGACCAAAGCACAAGAUCGGCGUCCCUUUGAUCUUCUGGUCAUAGUGAAUCCAAUGCUUAAAAAGAAGAGCAACAAAACUGCACUAUUUUUUGAGGGUUGCCUGAGCGUUGAUGGAUUUAGAGCAGUGGUGGAACGAUACCUAGAAGUUGAAGUAACAGGUGUGGAUCGUGAGGGCCAGCCGAUCAAGGUUGAUGCUUCAGGCUGGCAGGCUCGCAUUUUACAGCACGAAUGUGACCAUCUAGAUGGAACUCUCUAUGUCGACAAGAUGGUACCGAGAACAUUUAGAACUGUAAAGAACUUGGACUUGCCACUUGCAGUUGGUUGCCCGAAGCUUGGUGUUCGCUAGCGCGUAACUUUAGAACACCACCCUACCCACCGGCAGAACAUUUUCAGACCGGCCUCACUUUUGGCGCAAGUUUUGCAAAUCAGAGAUCGAGAUUUUGGCAUGCACGCUGCAACAUUCAGAUUUUAAACUGGUUGAAGCUGUUCAUUGCUAGUUAAUGGUAAAAAGUCUUGAUAUAUUAUUAUUGUUGUUGUCGCAAAACAAUUUGAGUUUCCCUUGUAAUCCUUAGAUAACAAAAAAAAUGGUGAUUCACUUCAAAAUGACAAUUUAAAGACAAUUUAAACGUCAUAAAUGAAGUAUUAUGAAGCUGUUAAGCAAAUAUCAUUAGCUUAAAAAAUCGUCGCGAAUUCA